UCGCGAACCAAAGUACCAAACAGGCCUAGACUGCGUCUUUUUUGUCAUUGCCGGCCGCGUCUUCUUCAAUUCAAAACCCAACGAAAAACCAGUAAAGCCUCAAUACAACGCGCUUUCAAUUCUCUCUCUGUAGAGCCGGCGUAUCGUUUUCGGCAGAUCUCCCUUUGAAAACGUUGUCGGUUUUUCCUUUUCGGCGGAGCUGAUUCAGAUCGAAGUGAUCUGUAUCUGAAGCGAGUGUCGCCGCCGUUAAUCCGUAGAUCUUCGUUUUUUUUGGAAUUAAUGGAGAACUUGAUAUCGUUGGUGAACAAGAUACAGAGAGCAUGUACGGCUCUCGGUGACCAUGGUGAAGCCAGUGCAUUGCCUACUCUUUGGGACUCCUUGCCCGCUAUCGCCGUCGUCGGUGGCCAGAGUUCUGGCAAGUCCUCAGUUCUGGAGAGCAUUGUUGGCAAGGACUUCUUACCUCGUGGCUCUGGGAUUGUCACUCGGCGUCCUCUUGUAUUGCAGCUUCAUAAACUCGAUGAAGGCAGCAGAGAGUAUGCAGAAUUCCUUCACCUCCAAAGGAAAAGGUUCACAGAUUUUGCUGCUGUGAGAAAGGAGAUUCAAGAUGAGACGGACCGAGAGACUGGCCGUAGUAAACAAAUUUCUAGUGUUCCGAUUCAUCUCAGUAUAUAUUCUCCUAAUGUUGUGAAUUUGACACUGAUUGAUCUUCCUGGGCUUACAAAAGUAGCAGUUGAGGGUCAACCGGACAGCAUAGUGCAAGAUAUUGAGAAUAUGGUUCGUUCGUACAUUGAGAAGCCCAACAGCAUUAUUUUGGCAAUUUCUCCUGCCAAUCAAGAUCUUGCUACAUCAGACGCAAUCAAAAUCUCUCGUGAAGUGGACCCUACGGGGGAAAGGACAAUUGGAGUCCUGACGAAGAUUGAUCUUAUGGAUAAGGGUACUGAUGCAGUUGAUAUAUUGGAAGGAAAAGCUUAUCGACUAAAAUUUCCAUGGGUUGGGGUCGUGAAUCGUUCACAAGCAGACAUCAACAAGAAUGUUGACAUGAUUGCAGCCCGACGCAGGGAGCGAGAGUACUUUGCAAAUACUCCAGAAUACAAGCACCUUGCUCACAGAAUGGGUUCUGAGCAUCUGGCAAAAAUCCUAUCAAAGCAUUUGGAAACCGUUAUCAAAUCCAAAAUCCCAGGCAUCCAAUCCCUUAUAAAUAAAACAGUCGCUGAACUUGAAACUGAAUUGAGUCGUCUGGGAAAACCAAUUGCCGCUGAUGCUGGAGGAAAGUUGUAUUCUAUCAUGGAAAUUUGUCGGCUUUUUGAUCAGAUAUUCAAAGAGCAUCUUGAUGGCGUGCGCUCUGGUGGUGAUAGAAUUUACAAUGUAUUUGAUAAUCAGCUUCCUGCUGCCCUGAAACGUUUACAAUUUGACAAGCAACUAUCAAUGGAAAAUAUUCGCAAGCUUAUCACAGAAGCUGACGGAUAUCAACCUCAUUUAAUAGCUCCUGAACAAGGAUACCGUCGUCUCAUCGAAUCUACUUUAGUCACUAUCAGAGGUCCUGCUGAGGCAUCUGUUGAUGCGGUUCAUGCCUUAUUGAAGGAUCUGGUUCACAAGGCUAUCAAUGAGACAGUGGAGCUAAAGCAAUAUCCUGCUCUAAGGGUUGAGGUUGGGAAUGCAGCUAUUGACUCACUUGAUAGAAUGAGAGACCAAAGCAAGAAAGCCGCACUUCAGCUGGUAGAUAUGGAGUGUAGUUAUUUAACAGUCGAUUUCUUCCGGAAACUUCCUCAGGAUGUUGAGAAGGGUGGCAAUCCAACGCAUUCUAUUUUUGAUAGAUACAAUGACUCAUAUCUUAGGCGAAUUGGAACAACCGUUUUGUCAUAUAUUAAUAUGGUCUGUGCGGGUCUUCGAAACUCCAUUCCCAAGUCUGUGGUGUAUUGUCAAGUGCGUGAAGCAAAACGAAGCCUGCUUGACCAUUUCUUCGCCGAGUUGGGUAAAAUGGAGCAAAAGAAGUUGUCAUCAUUAUUGAAUGAAGAUCCUGCAGUCAUGGAGCGUCGUACUGCUCUUGCCAAGAGACUGGAACUAUAUAGGGCUGCCCAAGCAGAAAUCGAUACAGUUGCUUGGUCAAAGUAGGUACAAGGAUGACAGUAUUUCAGGAGAAAGAAUCUGUUUUACAAGUGAAUUUUGGUUUGGAGGCUGUUUCAAUUCUUUCAUUCAUGACUAGACAGAGUUCUACAAGAAAGAUGGGGAGGGGAUUGUUGUACUGUAUGUGCUAUAUCUAGUAACCAAGAGUGGAUUUUAAAAUCUUUUGUUCGGUGAUAUCACUAUUCUUUGCCCUUGUGUUGGACGAUUGUAUCCUUUGUUAUAUACAAGUUUUUAUACAGUCUUGUCAUUCCUCAUAUAAAGGGGUGGUGCAAUUAGGUUUUCCGAUGUAUUGCUGUUAAUUUGGACGGAAAUUGGGCAUUUGUCAUUUUGUGGAUGCCUUGGCCCGUGUUUAUGGUCAGUGAUUGUUGAUGUGGUGUGUAUGCUCGA